AUGGCCAACGCACCCGGCAUUAUGCAACAACUUUCUCAAUCAACAAUCACUGCUGGCCAGUCAAGCAAUCAGGAUCCCGACGUUGCAAACUCAAUCAACACAAUCGUGAUGCGCACUAUCUCAACAUCCGGCAUCAAGCACCUGGAACACCAAGUCUGGAGGCUAGAACGAAAAGCUGAUCGAUUUUUGUACAAACUAGCCAAGGAACGCACAGAACGUGUGGCAGAACGUGCAGAACACUACAAACUCGUCCAGACAUUGGCCAGGGAACGUGCAGAGCGUGCGAUAGAACGUGCCGAAAGCGAUAUUCUCGACCAAACCUUGACUAAAGAACUCGCAGAACGUGCAGAAGAGCACGAUGAACGCGAAAUCGAGUCUCUUGGGUGA